AUGUUCGACGCAGGACCUUCUUACCGACUUCGACCUGUAGUUGUCAUCUCGGUGGGAGAACUUGGAAUUGCAUCUUAUCUUAGAGGCAACAUCGUUUUCACUCAGUGGCCUAUAAGUGUUUACGAAAGGCACGUCUUUAAGCCUCCUGGUCUUGGAGAACCGAGACUGAGUUGUCUGUUCUGGGACAUGCCAAAAUGCAUUUGCACGACCGCAAUUACUUUGCCUUCCAGUCGUUUGACGUUUGAUAUUUCGCAUCUGGCGGCUGUCAUGCGACUGGGCGCAUUGGUGUAG